AUGUCGCGCACAUAUCAUCACACAGGCCCAACACGCUCAUGCACUCCACGGAAGGCCGAUGGAUACUCGCAGACAAAAGAACUCAUAUCGUUGUCUACGGCGAGAGUCGUGCUCGUGUCGGGUAGCUUUCCACAGGCGUUGUAUGACCAGUACCUCAAGCUAAACCACAUCAACGCGACUGAGGUCAAACUUGGACACGGCAUAGUACGGAUCGCAUGGCUAGAACACGACGUUCACGGGAAGCUAAGCCGCAUCGUUCUCUACAUCAACCACCCGGAGUGUUUCAAGAGGUAUCGAGCGCACAUUACCACGAAGGCCCAACAUCGGCAAGCCCUCCGAGAGCGCCUUGUAGAUCUGACGAUGGUCUACUUCAGGCGGCCGGUCUCUCUGCCCGCCUUCCUGUCCACCACGCAGACCUGGCACCAACACUCGACUGGACAGCUCGUUCCGCUGCGCGUGUUUGCCGACUUCCUCGAUGGCGAUGGCGACGAGACAGAGCUGAGGACAGCCCUGACGUGGCCACGAACUCCAUCUGGCUUCGAGUGCCUCCGCGACUGGCUCCAAGGUCGGUCAUUUACCGUUGCAGAGAUCUCAAAGAUUGCCCUCGUAUACAAGGUGCACACCGUCGCCGGUGAGGACUGUCGGAAAUUCUUUCAGAGCGCCGAGAUGGUUGCGCAGUAUGGGCCAAGGGCAGCUACGUUUGAAAAGGCGAUGGAGCGUAUGUGGGACAAGACCGCGCUGAUCGAAGACGACGACGAGGAAGAGGGACCUCCAAGGAAGAGGACCAAAGUGACUGGCGUCAAGGCCGGCCUGUCGAAGGAAGGCUACGAUCGCCAGAUCUACAAGGUGUUCCAGACGAAGCUCGCCACUGGUGACAACAUGGCUAAAGAGAGGCUAGAGAAGAAACGCCAGACAAGUCGUGAUUGGCACGCCGCACAGAAGGCGAAGGUCGAUGCCAUGGAUGAGAAGACACCAUCCAACGAUGCGGUCGACAAGAACAAGAAGUCGACUACGAAGAAGGCACCGAGCAAGUCCCUAGAGUCAGGGCGCCGGUCGAGAGCCCUCCGCGAUCUGAAGAUCGCACAAGGGGAUCCAAAGGCCAUAGAGAGCAAGAGAAAGCAGAGGGAGAAUCAGGCCAAGUGGACUCAGGCCCAGAAGGACAAGGUCAAGGCGUUUGACUUGCAGCAUGCUGAGAAUUAG